AUGUGGGGGAGAUUGAUACCAGCCAAAAUGAAUCCACCCCUCCAAAGACCCGUAAGCCCUUCUUUAGCAUCUGAGAUACCCAUCGUCGAUGAAAACUCCAGUCUAGGCGCGCAACUAGACUCUCAGCCCUUCACCUUUACCACACCCCAACAGUCCCUCCAUACUACGCAGCAGAAUGCAAUAACCGUUGGAAGCAAUGCGCUCGGGUCUGCAAGUCAUGGUGUAGAUUUCCCACAGCCACCAGAGCAGUCCUUUCAUCUAUCUGGCUAUGAUGGAAUGACUGACGCGGCGGAAAUGUCAUUCGCCGGCCAAUUGGAGGGCAUGAAACUUAUUCCCAAUCCACCCGAUCUGGAAUUUUGGAGAGAGAAGCUGUUUCAUGUAGAUGGGGUGAUCACAUUGAGUGAAGAAGAAUUCCAGACCUACUUUCCCCAUGUUGACAACGUUUACUCCCAUCGCUCCACUCAGAGAUAUAAACGUAGACCAUUCGUAUCUCACUACUGGGACUGUCGACUUAAAGGUCGACCACCGGGUACACCCAAGUCCAGCGAUCCUAAUAAGAAAAAGCGCAAACGUAUCGCGCGGGAACGGGAUCUAUGCGAUGUCAAGAUCAAGAUUACUGAAUACUUUCCCAUCUCUACGGAUGUUGAUACAUCUGGGGGCUUUGAAUCAAUGCCGGCUGAGUUCUCGCCUGGUGUCCAUACUCUAUUUCCCGUUCAAAAGGAGAACUUUCCAUUUGGUGUAGUUUCGCCGCGGGGAAACUUACCAUCAGGUCAGGUUGGAGCUAAUAGUGGGAGAUAUUUCACCAUUCAGAGAGUUAAUGGUAAUGGCGCUAAUGGAAAGAACGAUGGUGUUGAUGGUGGUCAUCGACAUACACUGGAGGAGAGUGAUCGAGUUAAGAAGAAUAGUGUACAACGACAUUAUUUGAAGGAAGGUAAAGAAAUGAAAAAGGCUGUGAGAAACGUAUCAGACGCAGCAAUGAUGGGCCUGAAAUCAUACCACACCAGAGCGACGGGUCUGGCUGCCAACACAGCGAUAAAACACUCAGCCGAAUCAAGCCUCAAGCUCUAUGGCAGCUGUUUCUGCCCUUUCGUGCAACGAGUUUGGAUCGCUCUGGAAUUUAAAGGCAUUCAGUACCAAUAUAUAGAGGUGGAUCCCUAUUACAAGCCACAAUCCUUGUUGGAGGUGAAUCCACGAGGUCUCGUUCCAGCAUUGCGCCACGGCGAUUGGGGCUGUCAUGAGAGCACAGUGCUGCUAGAAUAUCUCGAGGACUUAAAACUCGGCAUGGCACUUCAUCCAGCAGACCCAAAGCUGCGUGCUAAUUGCAGGCUAUGGAUCAAUCGAUAUGUCGUCCCAAGCUUCUAUCGAUUAUUGCAAGAGCAGGACCAACAGAAACAUAAUGCGCAUACGCAGGAACUUCAGAGCGGAUUGAACAAACUGAUGGUGGCAGCACAUCCGGCUGGGCCAUUUUUUUUCGGAGAACAGAUGUCCUUAGUAGACAUUCAUGCUGCACCCUGGGCUAUUCGGCUCCGUCGAGUCAUGAAGCCGUAUCGAGGCUGGCCGGAUGCCGCUGAAGGAAGCAGAUUGGAGUCUUGGCUAAAUGCCCUCGAGGCAAAUCAGCACAUCCGUGCAACGACCAGCACGGAUCAGCUCUAUGUUGACAGUUAUGAGCGAUAUGCCCAGAAUCGACCAAACACAUCUCAGCUUGCAAACGCAAUUAAUUCUGGAGAUGUGCUUCCUUGA